AUGUUCCGAAAAUCGACUACUGGCUUCAAGAGAAUUCUCUUCCUGUUAAUGGUACCUGCCGUUAUCCUGCUGGUCCGUUAUCGCUUGAAUGAUCUCGCGAAUGUAAGAGAUCAGACACCUUGGCGGUCGAAACCUGCUGAGCACGAGGACGCACGAGAGAAUGAUAUAACAUCAGACGGCAACACUAGCCCUUACAAAAUCUCACUCUCUUCGCUGAAUGGAGAUACCUCGGCCGAAGACUCAUCCCAGCACGAGUCCUUCGGGGGAACGUCCCAGGCGGAUCGACCCGCCAGCGGCUCAUUGCAGCGCUACUUUAUACCGCAUGAAAACGCAGAAGACGUCAGUAUUGUGGCUGCAAGGUCCGGACCAGAAUCGACAGACUGGAUACAGGACUUUUGCGAAGAUUACAAAUGCACACCCUACAUCUACUCCUUGGAUGCGGAACCUGAAGAUGAAUUCCUCGUUCCAUACUCCAGAAAAGGCCACGAAGCAAGCGCGUACUUGAGCUACAUCAUUGACAACUACGAUAAUCUUGCACCCUACACAAUCUUCAUCCACGGCCGGGAAGAGCAAUGGCACAACGACGUGGCUGGACCUUACACGCAAAACGUACUUGCAAACCUCCGCUAUGAAGCUGUUAGCAUUAACGGCUACGUCAAUCUGCGAUGCUCAAACAGGCCCGGCUGCCCAAGCACAAUAUUCCAAGCAAACCCCGUAUCAGUUGACUUCGACUAUCAGUACAUGAUCGACCAAUUACCCGAGGUUCUCGGUUAUCUCCUUGGAAUUGAUCCUAGCGAGGUGCCAGCUGAUAUUGGGCAUCAGUGCUGCGCACAAUUUGCCGUGGCCAGGGAGCGAAUCCAGGAACGUCCUCAGAGUGAUUAUAUUCGUAUUCUUGAGUGGAUCGCAACCACUGAUAUGACGGACAACUAUGGUAUCGGUUGGCUGAUUGAGAAGCUGUGGCAUAUGAUUUUCGGAAUGCCUGCUGUCUACUGUGCGAGUGAGGAACAGUGUCGCUGUGAUCUGUAUGGAUGGUGUGGUCCGAAUCCGUUGACCAAUAGUCAGGUUUUGACACCUAUCUCCUGA